CUGGAACUUGAUAAAGAAUAGGGGUAACAUAGGGGGUUCAGGAUACGAUAGUGAGGUUCAAUUAAACAAUUGGAAACUCCACUCACUAGACUUAUUUCAGGCUCCAACUAGUUAAUCGUCUAACCGUAUGAUGCCCGUAUGGACAUGGGUUAACAAACAGUUGAAUACUCGCGCCGCCACCAAAGCUGAUGUUAGGGAUGUUGGCUAGCUGCAGAAUCCUUCGUUCUCAUUAUCAUCCUGGCACGUGGCAAUCGGAGAUUACCACGUUUUCCAAGGUUCCAUCCGAUGUUCUUAGGCAAUUUCGCCGCCCAUCUCUCGCUUCGAUCACCAAGUUGUUAAGUUAUUCCUGCGCUCGUUACAUAGCUUCACCUAACUUCGCAAAUAUUACUAUGAUUUCCAACAUUCAUCACCAUCAUGUUAUUUGCUUCCAUCGUUUACUACCUCGCCAGUUGUGCGUUAAUUCAAGCUAGAAGGACCACCCACUUCCGUAGAGAUGAUGUUAGGGAUAUCCUCGUCUCUGCUCAGUGGUCUUCUGGCACCACUGUAUCAUUUCCUGGGUCUGACAACUUCAAAAAUGCCACAGAGAGAUGGACCACUUUCGAGGCGCCAACUUAUGCUGCAGCCAUUAAGCCAGAAACAGAAGCAGAUGUAGUCCAAGCAAUGAAUCUCGCAACAGCGAACGGCAUUCCAUUCCUCGCUACCGGUGGCCGCCAUGGCUACACUACAACAUUAGGGGGUCUUCAAAAUGGAUUGGCAAUUGAUCUUAGUCUGUUUGAUACAGUAAGCAUCGACCGAUCCGCUAGGACUAUGACUAUCGGGGGUGGAGUCCGGUUUCGGGAUAUCUACGAACUAGUAUUCAAGGCAGGCUUUGAAAUCCAGACGGGUGCAGCAUCCUGCCCUGGCAUGAUCGGAGUAACGCUUGGUGCCGGCGUGGGUCCUUGGAACGGUGUUCACGGCUUGUUGAUUGACGCCUUAGUGUCAUUACGUGUUGUGACCGCCAACGGUUCUAUCAUUGAAACGUCUAAAGAGGCAUACCCUGACCUGUUCUGGGCCCUCCGCGGCGCGGGCGCUAACUUUGGUAUCGUCACAUAUGCUACAUAUAACCUCCAAGAGCAGGUCAAUCAAGGUCAAAUCUUCUCUGCGGAUUUCGUCUUCCCAGCCGAACAGAACGCUUCUUACUUCAAGCUGCUAGAAUCAUAUAAUAACGGUAGGCUAUCCGACAAGUUGACCAUCAGUACAUUCAUGAGUUAUAACUCAUCCACUGGAGUUCACCAAAUCACAGCCAAUUGGGCAUAUCUAGGCUCAGAGGAGGAUGGAAAGGAAGCCUUCAAGCCAGUGCUUAGCCUCAAUCCCAUUAUUAGUGACAUUCAAGUCUACUCCUGGAAUUCUUUCAUCAGAACGGUGGCGGGAGGCGCCGACAGCUACUUGUGUCUUGAAGACCAGAUUCGGGAUAUAUAUACUGUCAAUGCUCGCAAUAUUUCCGCCUCUACGUACGAAAUCGUUUUUCAAAAGCUUUCUACCUUCUUUAAUAAAUAUCCUUCUGCGCGUACGAGCGAGAUUCGAAUCGCCAUGCUUCCCAACCAAGCAACCCUCGCAAUUCCAGAUGACGAGACGGCCUAUCCUUGGCGGGACACCCUUGCGUAUAUAGAUAUUAUCCUAAGCUGGGACGAAACGGACGGCGCUGCAGCUGUGGAAGCAGGUGCAGGGUCACUAGGUCGCGCAGUACGCAGUGACCUCGCUGCGACUUCUGGGUACCCGACUCUAGCAGCGUACAUCAGUUCGGCCCAUGGAGAUGAAACCCUUGAAUCAAGAUACGGAGCAGCCAAGUUACCGCGCCUUGCUGCCCUGAAGAAGACCUGGGACCCGAAUAAUGUCUUUGCGUUUAAUAACGCCUUACCAGUACAAUAUCCUUGAUUUAUGAUGGGUAUAUCAGGUUAUCUUAUUUUGGGAAUUCUAAUCCGACCAUGUGAUCUAAUGUGUGUACAUGAUUGUUUGUAAUAGCUUUACUUGGCGACGGGUAACUAACAAGAAACAAUCCUGC